AUGGAGAAGGAGCGGACGCUGGCGCUGCAGGCCCUAGCUGAGUCUACGUGUGAUAACUUCAUUGUGCUGCUGAAAUCCGCGAAAGAGUUGAAGUUUCGCGCGCUUUACGAGAAUCACGUCGAACGAGACUCGGCAACGCGAAUUUACUCCGUUCUACCAAGCAAUUCGUCGAGAGCUCCGUUGAAACUCGGAAGCAGUGAAAUGAUCUCGCAGUUUUUCAAGUACAGCUCCGCGAAAAAACAAUUCCUGCCGGUUCCUACCAGGUCGUUCACCGUGAAGACCGACGCGUGCGCCCUAGUGGACCAACUUGUCUUCAAGGGAAAAUCAAAGAGCACGGCACUUGCUCGAUUGCUGUAG